AUGAUUUCCCGUGUCGGUUUAUUAAACAAGCAGACUAUAAAUUUAGUCACCAGAAACAUCACCAAAGCAAGAACCACUACCAGUCUCAAUCGUGCCACUGCUGCCAACUCAUUACUCCUCAAAAGACUCGUUUCAACAGUACACACCACCCACGAUGAAGAACAAGAUGUACUUGUGGCACAACGUAAAAACAGACCAGUAUCACCACAUUUGGAUAUUUAUCAACCACAAUUGACGUGGUUGUUAUCAGGUUUACAUAGAAUCACUGGUGUUGCUAUGGCCGGUGCUUUUUACGCUUUAACUUGUACAUAUGCUGCCACUUCAAUCUUGAAUAUUCCAUUUGAUGCUGCUACUUUGGUUAAUGCUUUUGCAAGUUUGCCUGUUUGGUUACAAUAUGGUAUCAAAGCUGGUGCUGCAUUCCCAUUUGCUUUCCAUUCAUUCAAUGGUGUAAGACAUCUUAUUUGGGAUCUUGGUAAGGAAUUAACCCUUAAGGGGGUUUACCGUACUGGAUACAUUGUUUUGGGAGCCAGUGCUGUUGUCGGAUCCUAUUUGGCCUUUUUCUGGUAA